AUGCUUCUUCACAUGAAUUCUUUUAAUAAUAAUGAUAUUAACUCAACUUCAACACCACAAAACACCAAGGACCAUCGUAAAGCAGGAAAUAUGCAUUACAAUCUACCGGCUAAGAUUCCUAAACUUGACCUAACUUCAUCAUCGGUUUACUCUAAGCUAUUUGACAGAAUGGAAACAGAAAAUAUUUUUGUACCUCCGGAAUCAGUUGCAGUUCCAGAUAUUUCAUUUGUAGUUUCUCCUGGUGUUGAUGUCAUCAAGAAGUUCAGAAAGUCUACCUUCACUCCUGAAAAUUCUCCUCACAAUUUAAGUUUAGAUGAUUAUCGAAAAAUGUUGCAACGAGCUAAGUCUGGAUUGGUGACCUCUUCAGAAUCAAAAGCUGGAAAAAAUACGAAGGUUUUAGGAAAUCUUCAGUUUACAAGUCCAAUUGCGAGAACGUCUGAAUCCGUGUUGUUGCCAUCCACAGAGUCCGCAAAGUUGGUUAUUACUCCGACAGAUGGAGACAAAGCCGCUGAGAUGUGGUGUAAUAAGGUUAGCAAUACUGCCUACCUCAGUUCUGAUUGGAUCGCCAAGUUCUCUUCCUCUACAUACAAUGAUGGCGAGCGAAUUGAGCUGGAGGCCAAAACUAAGUUCUAUGAAAAUCAGAGAGAGAUUGCACUGGAACAAUAUAUGCGUAACAUUGAGCAGAGGAUGUCUUGUCUAAUGCAAUCACCUCCUGUGCUUCCUGAUCCAUAUUUGAAGCCAGUCCCUAUUCCCAAAGUACUUCCUCACAGAGAGACUGGGAAACCUGGUCUAACAACAUUAACAAGUAAACAAAAAGCAGAGGUAAAACAAUUUUUUGAAAAGGCCUCCGGUGACUUGAAUGCAGUUCUUGUACAUAGUAAACGCUUCAGACUAAAGGUAACACUGCGCGAUAUCACCACACUCACUGGGAAUACAUGGCUAAAUGACAUUGUUGUCAAUUUCUACCUUCAACUCAUUUCGCAUCGGUCCCGUCAGUGCCCAGAAAUGCUUAAAGUCCAUGCCUUUAAUUCUUUCUUCUAUCCUCAAUUCGUAUCUGCCGAUUACUCUGGUGUUAGACGGUGGACAAAGUCGGUGGAUCUCUUCAGUCAAGAUUUGGUUCUCAUUCCUGUACACGACAGAGGCAUGCACUGGUGUCUUACUUGUGUUGAUUUUCGCGCGAAAACUAUCUCCUAUUAUGACUCAUUACAUGGUCGUAAUGAUCAGUGUCUAGAUAGAAUCUUACAUUACCUUGAUGCAGAAAGUCGAGACAAGCGAAGCAAGCCACUUGAAGAUAUCCAGUCCUGGAAGAAAAAGAAUAUGGAGGGACAGAUGCCUUCCCAGAAAAACGGCUCAGACUGUGGUGUGUUCACGUUGACAACUGCAGAGUUCCUUUCGCGAGAUGCGGAACUUAUUUUUGAGCAAUUCCCUAUCCAGCUCCGAUAUGGCAGAAAUUCGACAGAGGAUGAUCUACGAGAUUUUGACAGUUCAGCUCUUAAACACCGGCACAAGUCUGUCCGACACAUCGUAAUCCCUUUGGUUAUGUCUACUUCAUUUCUUCCUGGCUCUUUGACAUAUCAACAAAAAAACCUGAAAAAAUUGACAAUGGAAAAACCAAAAGUGCUCCCAGAACAUCUUGCAACACUCAAAGGGAAGACCUGGCUCAAUGAUGGGGUAGUGAAUUUCUACCUAGAGCUCAUCUCACGUCGAUCAAGACAGAUCCCCGAAAUGCCCAAGGUGUAUACAUUUAACUCCUUCUUCUACGAGAGGCUCUGUAGCGUUGGCUAUGAGGGUGUCAAGCGAUGGGCAAAGGUGGACAUAUUCAGUCAAGACUUGGUCUUACUUCCAAUACAUCAUGAGAACAGUCAUUGGUGUCUUAUUGUAACACAUCUGUUAAAGCGAACAAGCAUGGAGGAGUUCUACCGAAAAUGGUGUAUUGAUUUCCGCAAGAAAACUAUCUCCUAUUAUGAUUCAUUGCAUGAUCGAAAUGAUGAGUGCCUGAAAAGGAUCAUGGGAUAUCUCGUUGAAGAAAGUGCAAAAACGCAGAAGAUGUCUCAGGAAGAUGAAUCUUCUUGGCAAAUGGUGAAUAUGGAAGAUAGGAUUCCUUUGCAGACAAACACCUGGGACUGUGGUGUUUUCGCGGUUACAACAGCAGAAUUCCUUUCUCGAGGUGCCGAUCUUAUCUUUGAUCAGACUGAUAUGGUGGAAAUUCGACAGCGAAUGACAUACGAAAUUCUCAAACGUCAGCUUUUAGUUGUCCGAACAGAUUUGUCUAAUUGUCCUCCCAAUAUCCUAUGCGCUAUCCCUCCCGCCACAAUGACAAUCGCCUAG